AUGAGAGGGAUGAAGAGUCUUACCAUUUGGGCUCUCUUUGCUGCUUUACUCUCACAGCAGCUAUUUGCUUCUGUUGCUUCCCUAAGCUUUGAGGAUCAGAAAACAUACUACUCUCCUCCUGACCCAAGUUCAGGAACUCCUCCAUCACACGGUGGAAGCUACACUCCAACUCCAUCAACUCCAUCACAUACCCCUCCUUCUUCUAACUGUGGAAGCCCACCUUACGACCCUUCUCCAUCACCUCCUCGUCACACUCCAUCUCCUCCUCGUCACACUCCAAGUCCUCCUCGUCACACUCCAACUCCUAAACCUCCAUCACACUCCACCCCUCCUUGUAACUGUGGAACUCCACCUCACGACCCACCAACUCCUUCACGCCCUUCCACGCCUUCUCGCCCUUCCACACCUUCUCACCCAACGCCUUCAAAUCCUCCUUCUGGUGGAUACUACUCAUCUCCUCCACCGAGUACUCCGGUCGUUGUGACUCCACCAACACCCAUUGUUGACCCAGGAACCCCCAUCAUUGGAGGAACCCCACCAACUCCUAUCUAUAUUGACCCUGGAACUCCUGGAACUCCUUUCGUUCCUGCUCCCUUUCCACCAAUCACUGGAACUUGCGAUUACUGGAGAAACCACCCUACAUUGAUCUGGGGUCUUCUUGGGUGGUGGGGAACUGUUGGAGGAGCUUUUGGUACAGUCAGUUCUCCAAGUAGCAUCCCUGGGUUUGAUCCUCACAUGAACCUUCUUCAGGCUCUUUCCAACAGCCGCACUGAUGCCAUUGGAGCUCUCUACCGUGAAGGCACAGCGUCUUGGUUAAACUCAAUGGUCAACAGUAGGUUCCCUUUCACAACCCCUCAAGUCAGAGACCACUUCGUUGCAGGACUUUCUUCAAACAAGGCAGCCACAAGACAGGCCCAUACCUUCAAGCUUGCCAAUGAAGGUCGUCUAAAGCCAAGAGUCUGA